UAAGCCUUGAGCAGGUGGCGAGGAGCCACUGAAGCUCGGGAGCCAUCGGGAUGCUGGUGGCCCCGGGAAGGAGAGCGGUAGGCCCCGGGGAGGCCUCUCAGGGCUCUUCUGAGCUCCACUCACUGCUGGUGCCCUUUGUCGUUGCUCCCCCUUCCCCCACCCUUCGGCGCUCUGGUUUGAGCCUGAACACUCCAAGGGUAUUUGUCCAGACAGGGUCAUUGCCAUUAUCAAGUUGGACAAUGAUGGUGGUAGCAGCUGUCGGCGUGGCUGCUGCCAGUUCUUCUGUGCCCCAACUCCUGGGCACCGACUGCUAUGGGGAUGAAGGCCCAAAACACGCAACCCUUUGCCCCAUCCUGAGCUUCUCCUUAAGCCUGUGAUUAGCCACUUUGGGGUUAGGUGGCUGACCUACCACUGUCCUUCCCUUGGUCUCAUCACCUUCGAUUAUCUUUGCAGAGGCUGAAUGUGUUUUAGCAGUGAUGUGAACUUUGUGGUCAAUUCAUUCUGGGGUUCAGGACCCCUCUGCUCUGUGGAAUGCUCCCGACAUAUAACCAACCAGGUAUUUUUAGGUGGAAAAAGUUUUAAUGGUCCACCUUGGAUGGGGAACAAGGAAGUCCUCAGUGUUGAAGAACUCUGCUCAUUUUUCUUUGUAUCCCUCGAAACUUUGGUAGCCUACCAUUUUUUUCUAAGGCUCUGAGCCAGACCCUGGAGCUGUGAUACCGGCAAAGGUGGAAGCCCACGCUGCCCCAAGCCCCCGGCCAACCCGGACCAGGACUUUGUCACUGGCGAAAAGGCUGGCGAUGAAAGCACUGUGGGAGACUGCCGGAGAAGCUGCCCCCCACGGAACCAAGGAGGCUCGGCUCUGGGCAUGCCGUUCCCGCCGUCUCUCCUGCCUGGGUCCGCAGGGGGCACUGGACUAGUAUGGCUGAUGGGCCUAUGACAGCAGGUGCCCCGGUCCUCCCCUUCCGGCCUCAUGGAGUCCUCCCCUCUCCCCCAGCCUUCAGGGAACUCCUCUACUCUGGGUCUGCUCCCUCUGCCCCAGGGCCCCCCAGGGGUCAACGGCAGCCCAGAGGCUGGGCAUCGGGACGUGGCCUCCGAGUCCGUGGCCCUCUUCUUCAUGCUCCUUUUGGACCUGACGGCUGUGGCAGGUAAUGCGGCUGUGAUGACGGUCAUUGCCAAGACGCCCGCCCUGCGCAAAUUUGUCUUUGUCUUCCACCUCUGCCUGGUGGACCUGCUGGCUGCCCUGACGCUCAUGCCGCUGGCCAUGCUCUCCAGCUCGGCCCUCUUUGACCACGCCCUCUUUGGGGAGACCGCCUGCCGCCUCUACCUGUUCCUGAGUGUCUGUUUCGUCAGCUUGGCCAUCCUCUCCGUCUCCGCCAUCAAUGUGGAGCGCUACUACUACGUGGUGCACCCCAUGCGCUACGAGGACUGGCCUCUUUGAUCUCCCUCCUCAUGGCAGUGACCCACCUUCAGCCCCCUGGACAAUCUGGUACAAGAGACAAAGGUGGGGCAUGGGGAGAAUGGGGUUUCCAGACACUGGCAUUGCCAGUUAGUUCUCUACUCCUGCCCAUCAAUCUCAGAACCAUCUUCAGUUGACAAAGACUUAAGUGUCUCUCCUACCAAGAACCUGGGCAGGAGAGAGAAAAACAGGACACUGGGCUCAGAUGUUAACCAACUGGGACUUGAAUGAUAGUGUUAGUCUCCACUGGUGGCCAAAUCUUAGAGGGAGGGAUAAGUGAGAACAGGAAAACUACCAGUAGCUUCCUGCGCACUCCAUUCUUCCUGGUUUUACUGGUGGAUAGGGUGAGCCCACAGUAUCUCAACAUGGUCACAGGGCCACAUCAGAACUAGAGUAAUGGGGCCAGCACCUGACCAAAUUUCUGGCUCAUAAAGUGAAGUGAGAAAGUGAGCUCAUUCUUCUCUUUGAGCAGCCAAUAAAUGUUUUCUUUUUUAAAAAGUUA